GCAGAAAUUAUGGAUGAAGAACGGCAAAAACUCAUUGCUUACCAGUACCUUUGUCGCUUAGCAGAAGCGAAAGACUGGAUUGAGCGAUGUAUUAGUGAAAACAUUCCGGUAUCAAUUAGCGAGUUUGAGAAUACUCUACGAAAUGGCAUAUUGUUGGCAAAGCUUAGCCACUCGUUUGCUACUGAUGUGGUCCCGCUGAAGAGGAUCUACGAUGUAGAUGAAGCAAAAUAUAAAGUUAAAGGAUUACAUUUUAAGCAUACGCAAAACUUUAAUUACUGGAUCGAAGCAUUGGACAGUAUCAAAUUUCCUAAGAUUUUUCAUCCUGAAACUGUCGACUUAUACGAUCAGAAAAAUAUGCCCAAAGUAAUCUACUGCAUUCAUGCCGUUGCAUUAUACUGUUACAAGCUUGGUAAAUCACCUGCUAUUACUAGCCUUAGUGGUAAAGUUACUUUUACAGAUGAAGAAAUUUUAGAAAAGAGCGUUGAACUAAAAAGCCGUGGUGUGAAGAUUCCGAUGUUCAAUCGUAUUGGCGGGAUUUUAACAAAAGAGAUAAAAGUAGACGAUGAAACUUUUUUCAAGGCAAUUGUAGCAGUAAAUCGCGCAAUAGAUGAUGAAGACGCGCCACAAACUGUAGUUGCAAUGAAUCAUAUCGCUGCAAGAUUGGUUGACAUAGAUCCAGAUUAUGCUGAUUACUAUCAAAAAAAAUUAUUUACGGCUAAAAAUAUCAAAUAUAGUAUUGUAAUGAGGCGUGGUCGUUUAGAAAAAGUUGUCAUAAAUGGCUAUGGGGAAGAAGGUUUGUUAACAUCUGACGAAAUACAGAGUUUAAUUAAUCAGGCUAAUCUUUUGCGCGAAUUAAACGAUGCUCUGGAUCGAGAGCCAACCGAUAAUCAAAAAUUGGAAGAAUGUCUAGGAUCGGACAUACUUGGAUUGCGUGACGUGGAUUUCGUAUGGCUGGAAGUUUAUUCGAUCUGCUUGAAAAACAGAAGAAUGGAGAAGUUAAAAAUUUAUGGUAACGGUAAUAAAAGUCUUUUAUACCUGGAUGAACUUCAACGUCUGAUAUUGCAGACUAACUGGUUGAUCAUCUUAAAUGAGGCUCUGGAUAAGAAUCCUUCUGAUGAAAAGAAGAUUAAUGAGUGUUUAUUGUCUGAAUAUAUAGAUGUAGAUGAUGUUAACUCUGAUAAUAUAAUGCAAUACAUUACGAUGCUUAAGUUACGUAAGAAAGAAAAAUCGGCUACUAGCAAUGAUUUUAAAGAAGUAAUGUUGACUGUUAAAGACAUUCAGGUUAUUAUUUCUCGUGAAAAUGCGCUCUUGACUUUGGAUCGAGCGUUGCAAGCAGAACCGAUUGAAAUUGCGAAGCUGAGAGAGUCUUUAAGAUCGAAGGUGUUAAAUUUUGCAAAUUUACGUAUGGAGAUAUCCUCAAUGUAUGCUGCUUCGUUGAAGGAGGGACGUGAUAAAAAAGGCGUAAUUAGUGACGACAUUCUUCGUGAGAAUGAGAUACAGUGUUGUAUUGAUGAAGUGAAUCUAGUUAUUCAUUUUUCAAAUAUCAUUGUUGCUAUCAACGAGGGUUUAGAAAACUAUCCUUCCAACAAAGAACAGUUUAGUAGCUGGAUACUAGAUGAAACAUUAGCGUUCGAUGGAUCACAGUCUCAUCUGGUUACGCUGUACGUCGAAAUAUUAAAAAGAACGCAAAAGGAGAGAUUAGGUAGUGAUGAAAGUUUCUUGAAUUAUUUGGAUAUCCAGAACUGUAUUACUCUUGGGAAUGAAAUUCACGAUGCAAAUGUCGCGCUAAUUAAAUGUGUUGCCAAAGUUAAUGCAACAGUCGAAGCGGAAGACCAUGAAGCUGUAUUAUUGGCUUUGCAGAGUGAAAUUCUGUCGUUAAAGGAAGUAAAUCCGGAACAAAGCACUGGCUAUUUGACAUCGCUGAAGGCGGCCAAAGACGAGAAAAUUUCCGAUUGUCAAAAUGGUUGGGUCAAGCACGAGAUCGAAAUUGGCGGUCACAUAUAUUAUAACUUAUCUACUGAAGAUUUUAUGUAUGAUGCUCCUGAAGGUUACGUAUCAAAUGGAAGGUUUCUGACUAAAAUUGAAAUUGAGCAAGCACUUAUAGCUGAAAAUGAGCGCUACAACUUAUACGACAGGCAACUACCGCAAAUUAUUGCUAUUCAAGCUCUUGCACGUGGCUAUCUUGCCCGGAAAGUUAUCAAAGAAAGAAACUAUGAGCUAAAAUGCUUGCUACCGGCUGUAAUUCAGAUUCAGGCUGCUUGUAGGGGAUAUCAACAAAGACGCGCCUAUUUAAAUAGACUAAAGUAUUAUGCAAUAAAUGAAAAGGCAAUCAUAAAAAUGCAAAGCGUAUUUAGAUGCUUAAAAGUUCGGAAAUACUAUGAAGGACUAAGUAAAUUUUAUUUUGAAUAUAUAAUAUCAUCUUACUUAUCGACAUUGCUAUUUUUUUAUGACACAUUGCUAGAAUCACUCGAUGUCCCGUUUGCAGCAAUUAGCAUGUUCGUUUACUUACUUGACGAAACUCAGAAAGAUUUUAACGAGGAGCUUGAAUUACAAAAAUUGAGGUCUCACAUUGUGACAAGUAUUCGAGCCAACUUGAAGCUAGAAAAAGACUUAAGUUCAAUGGAUGUGAAGAUCGGUUUACUUGUCAAGAAUCGAAUCACAUUGCAGGACGUAGUCCAUCAAAAUAGAGCACUUAAGAAAAUUAAUAAAGAUGUUACAAAUGUGAAUGGGAUCGAUGUAUUGAUAAAGGAGAGAACGCACCAAUUAGAGGGAUAUCAAAGUUUGUUUUAUCUAUUGCAAACUGAGCCGAAAUAUCUAGCAAAGUUAAUAUUUGAAAUGCCUCAGAGUCGUAGCAAUAGAUUCGUCGAAACAGCCAUCUUAACCAUAUUUAAUUACGCUGCAAAUACCCGAGAAGAAUUCUUACUUAUUAAAUUGUUUAACACGUCCUUACAAGAAGAAGUAUUGAAUCGUGUUAAUUCAAUUGAAGAUAUUGUUGAAAAUAAUCCUUUAGUUGUUAAGUUGGCCGUCCAGUUUAAUAGAGGAAAUCGAAGCCAGAAUUGCCUAAAAGAAAUUUUUGGCUCCGUAAUUCAGCCUGUCAUUAACAGCAAGGAUAGUUAUGAUCUAGACCCAAUGAAUAUUUACAAGGCCUGGCUUCACCAUUUAGAGUCAAUUUCGGGAGAAGCUAGUCAAUUGCCUCAUAAUAUUAAUACGGAACAAGCACUUAAGUAUCCUGAAGUUAAAAAGAAACUUGCAGAAUGUAUUAACAAAUUAAAAGCCUUAAUUGCCGAUAUUGUAGGAGCAAUUGUACCUGCAGCCGCAAAGCUACCAUAUGCGUUGCGCUGUGUUGCAAUGACUCUCAGGAAAUGUCUAGAAAAGAAAUUUCCAAACGAUAAAGACAUUGCCUUAAAAGCUGUAGGACAUUUCAUAAUAUGUCGUUAUAUGCAUCCUGCUUUAAUUGCUCCUGAUGCUUUUGACGUUAUUCCAUUCAAUGUGGAAAACCCUUUAACUACUCAUCAAAGACAUUGUCUUGCUUCUGUUGCAAGUCUUUUACAACGAGCAGCAAUAAAUAAUACGUUUGGUAACGAGAGUCCAUACUUAAGUUCAAUAGAUGAUACUAUAUCAGAAUCAUUUGCGAAACUACGAACAUUUUUGUGCGAAGCAUCGACUGUGGAAGAGCCAGGGGAACGCUUUCAAUUAGAUCAAUACAGUGAAUAUGCAAUGCUUAGAAAACCAACUAUUUACAUUUCUAUCAGAGAGAUUUGUAACAUUCAUAAGUUGGUAGCCGACUUUGAAAAUGAAAUUGCACCAAACACCGAUGAUCCACUUCGUGAAGUUUUAUCUGACCUAGGCUCACCUUUAUCUGAAUCUGAGUUAAUCGGUUAUUCUUUCAUAGAUGUGCCAUCGGAUACAAAUGAUCCAAUUGCUAUUGAUGCUGUUAGAGAAGAUUUGGCCAAGACUGAAGUUUGCUUGACAUUAACUAAUAGAUUUGAUAUUAAAGGGGAUAAUAGGACGUCCGAUGUAUCAUCCCUAUUUAACGGGACUAAAAAUUUAACAGCGGACGUGAUCCGCGUUCAACGAGGAUCAACCCUGGCUAGUAUACUGGAUACACCUUCGUCGAAGGAAGAAUCUGAGAAAUAUAAAGCCAUCAUCAGCAAUCGAGCUAGUAAGAUUGCUUUAAUCAGCCAGGUAACACAAAGUCAAGUGAAAGGCACGCAAAAGAAAGAACCAGGACCUGAAAAACAUGCGUCACUGGAGAAAGUUAAGAUUAGAAUUAAAGAAGGUUUGCAAGUACUUGAAGAAAAAGGUCUUACCUCUUCUAAGAAUGGAUACGGAUCUGUAUUAAGGGAAAUUGCAAAGGAUAUACUUAAUAGACGGUUAUAUCGAAAAAAUCGUAAGAUUGAAAUAUUAAGACUGCGUGAGGCUCAGGUAGUCUUGGAUGACAAGAUCAAAGAUUAUGUUGAACAAAUGGAUUAUUAUAAUAAGUAUAUUAAGACUUGCAUCGAAAAUAUGGCCUUGUCUAGUAAAAAGAAAAAGGAUAAAAAAUCUUCUGCCUUAAAGUAUACCGCAGCACGAUUGCACGAAAAAAAUAUAGUUUUAUCGAUCGCCGGUUUACAAUCACACCAAUAUAAAAAUGUAACGAUUGAGAUUGCAUCUACUGACGAUUCAUCGAAGUUUAAAAUCCAUGCCAAGAUCAUUGGAACAACAAUGGAUUCGAUUUUGCUUGAUUUUGAGCAUUUGCUAGAACUGCAAUAUGAAGGUAUUCCCUCAAUUAAAGUAUUUAAUGCUGUUAUGUUUGAUGUAAACUCUUUAAUCGGUCUCUUAAAUAGAAAAUUUUAUGGUAAAGAUUAG